GAACUGGAAUAUAUCUUAAUCUUAUCAAAUCUUUUAAUAAGAUCUUCUAGUUCUGGACUAGACGUAGGUUUUUCUAGUUCUUCUAGAAUCCUAUUGUAUUUUGUCUCAAGAUCCUCUUGUCUCUUAAUAACAUGGCAUAGUAUCCCAAUUAUUAGAUUAAAUAAUUUUGGAUACUCUUUAUCAGUUGCUCCUAAGCCAGAGUAGGCAGAGAAAGCUUCUCCAACAUUAAAACCAUCAGUUUUAAUCUUAAUGGCAAGUCCUUAGGGACAUGUAAAAGCACUUCAUGGUGUAAAACUUUCUUCCAUUUUGACUUGCCAGAAACCCGGGGCUGCACACGAGCUGAGUCGAGCUCAAGCUCGGGUCGACUCAUGUUUAGUCAACUCGAGCUCGACACGAGCUUCAUAACUUCAACUUGAACUCAACUCGAAAAACUGAAUUCGGGAGGAAAAAUGAACGACGGCCGUGGGUGAGGAAAGAGAAAAACGGGAGGGAAAAUGAAGAGAUUGAUUGAUUGAUGGGAAAGCGUAAUGAUGAAAGUAGGUGUAAUAAUGAGCGUAAAAGGGAGCGUGGCUGGGUGGGUAAAGAAAAGAAAAAAGGAUGAAGAGAGGGAAAAAAGAGGGAAAAUUAAAAAGGCAAAACAAAAAGUCGACAUUAAAGUCGGCUUGCGCGGGUGACGAGAGGGAAGAAAGAGGGAAAACUCAAAACUCAAAACAAAGUCAGAUUAAAGUUGAGCCGAGUCGAGUUUAGUUGAGUCGAGUUUGACCAACUCAAACUCGGCUCGUUAACAUACUCGAGUUUAUGUUUAAGCUCAAGCUCGACUCGUAUAAAGAACAAGUCGAGCUCGAGUCGAGUUUACUCGAGCGAGUUCGAGUCCAGCCCGAAUUAGCUCGACUUGUUGUCCAACCUUACAUAAACCACUUUUGCAAUCAAAUUUUGAAAAGUAUUUUUUAUCCUGGAUUCGCUGGAUCAAGGAGUCUUUGUUUGGAAUAUUAUACCCAUCAUCUCGGGUAUUAUCAUUCAACUUUUUAUAAUCGAUGACUAUUCUUGAUUUUACUCUCACCUGUUCGGAUGGUUUAUUUGCAAUAAAAGCUGCAGACCUAUCACUUUUAAGUUAAGCGAUCUCUUAUAUAGAUUGCCAUAUCUUUCUCUUCUUCUUCUAUUAACUCGGGCUCGACUUGUCAUGAAGCCAACUAUUGUUGUUUUUAUAAGUCGACAUAUGUUUCGUAAGCAGAAUAUAUGUACAACAUUUUGUUGUUUUGCCUUUUUAUCCAAUAAAAAUAGUCGCUUCAUGUGACUUGCGAAAGUAUUAAUUUUAUAAUUAAAAUUUAGACAAGCGAAAACCACCACCCUGCGGAACCCUCGUUCCCGUCCCCUUUCCUCAAUUUUCAGUCGCUCGCUUCUCACUGUCGAAGGUAGAAGUUGCCGGUCACCAUUCAUUCACCACGCCGUUCUCCAUUCGUUCACCUGUGAAGUCUCGUUCGGAGCACCGCUGCCUUGGCAUCUCUUAUCUGUCUCGAUUGAGGGCCAUCGGCUGGCAUACCUUGCCUUUCUCUCACUCUCUUUUUUCUGGUUUUCGUUCUCUUUAAUUAUCGUUUGUGAGCUCCCGGCUGGCAGCCUGCGCCUCUCUCUCCCUCUCUCUUUCUCUAUUGAGGGUCGCACGAAGAAGUAGGUGCAGCUGACGGAGGGGUAGAUUCGGCAGCUGUGCAUUGCCUCACAGGGGUAGAUUCGGCAGCUGUGCAUUGCCUCACAAGGAAUCAUCAUCAACUGCUAGAAUUCAAGGCGCCGACAAAGAUCUGCCCUGGCAGGCCAGUUCUACGAUGCAAUUUUCCUACCUAUCUGCUAUUUUCCUCCCAACCAGUUAUAUGGCAGCUCUGAGUAUUCUGCUUUGCCUUCAUCUGUGUUUUAUUUGCAGUGUAUCUUCUGAGCUUGGAACUACAUCUGAUAUGAAGGAACUGUGUGUUGGACUAGAAUUGCAUAAUGAAACUUUACCUCUACAAAUGGGUAGCCGCUAUUACAAGUUAAUUGGUUUGAAACCUCUACAUUGGUAUGAAGUGAAGAUAUCUUACCCUGCUUCUAUUCCAGCAAGUUUUUCCAUUGAGUUGAAGAGGGGGGACUUUGAACAAGAACGUGCUUUUAGUCUCAGAAGAUUGCUUAACACUGGGAAGCUGAUUUUCAGAUCUGGAGGUCACAGUUUGGAGAACAAUGAAGACACAAGUGAGGGUGCUUUAGUGUAUGUUCAGCCGGAAGGUGUUGUUGCAAAGCCACAUUUAAAGGAGAGAAAAUUUGUCAUGUUUAACAUUGGUAAGGAAUUUUCUCGUUCAUUUUAUACACGAUUAAUCAGCUACCCUACCUUAGGUACUGAAUUAUUUCCUAGGUAUGGUACAACACAAAUGGGUGCUAAAGGUAUAUUGUUACUGUCUCAGUCACUGCAACUGAUGGCUCGAUCUUUGGCUUUUGUCAUUUGGCUGCCCACUCGCUUGACCUCCUAAAUUUGUGAAGACCCUUUUUUCCAAUUGGCAAAGGGGAAUAGGCUGACCCUACCAGAUUAUGCCAAGAGAUACACUCAGGAAUUGAAUUGUUGACCUUCUUCAACUCGAAGGUCUUAAGCUCAUACUUCUCAUGUUGGCGACUUAAUGCAGACUGUUGAUCUAUAUUUAUUAUCCCAAUAAAAGCAUUAUAUGAGUUUGCAAUUAAUAAAUAUUGAUCAACAAAUUCAAUACAUACAAAGAGUUCAUCUUCUUCAAGUUACCUUUUUGUCUUGAAAGACGAAACAAAUGGUGGAUCUGGGUAAUUCCAAAUAAGUUCUUCUUCUUUUUUCUUUUUUUUUACUUACUAGUUUCAUUUUGUUCUCAA